AUGCAAUUACCCGUGGCUUACUCUUGCGCAGCAACUCCACCAAUUGCAACUCCAACUCCAAUUCCUACUCGACCCCCAACUUCAGCUCCAGCUCCAACUUCAACUCGACCUGCAACUCCAACUUCAACUCGACCGCCAACUCCAAUUCCAGAUCCAAUUUGUUGUCAACCGUUGUUGGCUUCACCAACGAAUAACACAAAUCUAUCGAAUGGCAUAAUGUCAUUCACCUACAGCAGCAAUACCUGUCGUUCAUUAGCCAUUGCAACUUGCACACAACCAACAAUAGCGCCAGCGUUACAAUUGAUGGCUGGUAUAACGGUGAAUCAAGUGAAUUUUGUAAAUAUUCAAUCAACGACCGUAUCAAUACCGUUAGUUUGCAAUAAAGCAAGACAGUGGGAAACCGCCGAGCCUCCAUUGGUUGUUGCUACGAUACAAUGCGUCCUAAGCACUCUUUAA